AUGUUUGGAACUAAAUUUAUUUUAAAUAUUUUUAAAAACAAAUUUAAUGACUUAUCAACAAAAUGUGUAACCUUUAUUAUUAAAAGUUAUAAAAGAACUUGUCCGCACAUAAGUGAUUUCGAGCCUUUUGCUUCUAUGUACUAUUUCAGCGGUUUGCAUAAUUAUAGAACCUUUUAUCUGCUCAUAAAAAUAAACGAAAUCUUUAAUAUAAAUAAAUACAAACAAAUAUACAUUAUAUUCAGUACGGACAAGUAUGAUUUUCAAACUGAUGAAAUUUCGACUAAUAAAAAAAAUAGGAUACACAUUGAUCAAAGGGUGGACAUAAAAAUUAGGCAGUGCGAUGAGACCUUAAAAGUUGAUUUAUUCACAACAAAAUUAACAAAAAAAGUUCAUAUCGGUCAAAUAAAAAUAGAUAUUAACUCAAGUGUUGUUAUGAAGUCGUUUCCAAAGAACGAGUGGUUAGCAGUAGAAAAGGAUAAGUUCGUAUGUUUCAAAGAUGGACAAGAAAUAUGCAAAGUGCAAAUGUCUUUUUAUAAAAUUCAAAAAUAUGCGUGCCCUAAUGAAUGCAUGUUCAUACAAGAUGGCUUAGAGAUAUGGAAAAAUAAAUCGAAAGGUAUGAGUAAAAAGAAAAUUAAUCUUCAGGAUAUCCACAAAGAGUUUAAUGAUGAUGACAAAAAUCUGUCACUGAUAAAUGAAGAUACGGAUAUCAAUGAUAUAAGUUUGAUGCAAAAACUGAGGCUAAUAAGUUUUGUGUUAGAACAAGAAAUAUGUGUAUUUGAUUUUUACGCAUAUGUGCCUAAGUACAUGUCAGCAAAGGAAAUAAUGGGGGAGUGGUUUCUCUGCUUCCUGUGCUUCAAAGAUAGCAGAGAAGAAGAAACAAUCAACAUAGAAACAAUAAUUGAAAGGAAUAUUCACAGAGACAUAAAUAUCCCUUUAUUAAAUAUACUUAGGAUAGUUAUUGACAAAAAAAAUGAAACUAAUGCUAAUAUUAUUUAUACGUACGAAAAUGAGAAAUACAAUUUGAGUAUACAUUCAGAACACCACCUUUCGUAUAUCAUUGAUGCUAUAACAAUUUUUACAAAUGAACUAAAAGUUUUAAAAGAAUCUUAUGGAGAAAAAUUGCAGCUUCGAAAAAAUAUGAUAGUGCAAGAAAGUAUCAUGAAAAAAUUAAUAGGAAAAAAAAGAGUGUCUUCCCCUAGAUUUCGUCGCAGUUUACCAAAGAGUGUGCAUAAAAUGAUAAGAGAAAUGUACGUAGAAAAAAGCAGCUACGAAAAUACGGAAAAACGAAAAGAAGAAUUUCUUCAUGGUGUAUCAGUAAAAGAGGGUACCCCUGAAAAAUUGGAAAAAAGAUAUGACGAAACAAUAAACGAUUUAUCAGCAGAAGGAAGUACUGAUCAAAAAAUAGAACCCAAAAAAGGUGAACUUGUAAAAAGUGAAUUAUCAGAACAUUAUGACAAAAACGAGGUAAAAGAUGAUGUUUACAUAGGUCAUUAA